AUGGGACCUGCCUUGGCCAAUGUCCAACAUCCAGAUGGACCUGUGCCGUUGGAAUACAAUGACGCCGACUACUUUCGCGAGGUGCUACACCUAGAGGAUGGCCUGACGGAAGCUCUCCUUGAAGAUGCCCUCGUACAAGACGCCAAGUGCCUCGGCGUCUCGAUACCUGCCAUUUCUGCAGAGGAGGAUCAAAAUGUUGCUUAUAAUUCAGUGCGCGAAUCUGCCGUCACUGUGGCAUCGCAUCAUGCGAGGACAUCUUCCUCUGGAUCGCAGGGGAGCAACUCGACUGGAAUAUCAUCGACUUCUUCGCAUGAGCCGUCGGACAAUGCCGCAGGGCCACAAACGAAGAGAAGGUUGAUCGCAAAGAAGAGCCUAUCCUUUUCCGAGUAUACGAAAUAUAUCGCAAACACCGAGGCGCAAGAUCAUGCUCUGAGAGGAUCCGUCUAUCCCCCAAUCGCCCCCUCGCCUGCUCCCUCGCUUUUCUCGGUAUCAACGAGACGGUCUCUGAAGAGUUUUAAGCGUUUCAAGAAGGAUGUCCAGGCCAAGCUUCGAUUUAGGAGGAGUUAUGCAUCCCCGCCGAGUGUAAACUCCUGUGUUUGCUGUCGAAACGAAUUUAAAAAGAGCAAAGCAUUACAUACCCUUCCUUGCAACCACAAUUACUGCGAAGUCUGUCUCCGAGUUUUGAUCACGCAAGCCUCAAACGAUGAAUCCAAGAUGCCACCGCGAUGCUGCACACGACCUAUACCUGGGACGAUUAUCAAGUCAGUUUUGGAGAAAGAAGAGCAGCAGAUCUUUAUAAAGAGCGUUCUACAAUUCAGCACUCCAUGGGAAGAACGAGUUUUCUGCCCAAAUCCAGCAUGUGGCGACUUUAUACCCAAACGAAGCAAGAUAGACCCAAAGCACCCGUUUGAAGUUGUCUGUCGGAAAUGCAGAACCAGGGCUUGCUCGACUUGUAAACGCCCUGCUCAUGGUUUUGGACAUGAUUGCCCAGCCGAUUGGGAACUGGAUGCCGUCCUGCAAAUGGGGGAGAAAUCUGGCUGGCGACGCUGCUAUAAAUGCCGGACGCUCGUAGAAUUGACCCAAGGAUGUAGUCAUAUAACUUGUCGGUGCAAAGCGCAGUUCUGCUAUAUCUGCGGCGCGGUCUGGGAUCCUGUGGUCGGCUGUCCAAAUUACUGUAAUGGCGAAGAGGAGCUAGAGCGUCGACGAUUGGAGGAAGAAGCACGUAUUGCAGAACUCGAGGCCGAAAAUGCUGCUAGAGAGGAAGCCGAACGAUUAGAAGCUGCCCAGAAAGCUGAAGCGGAAGAGAGAACUUUGCAGAGUCGAGAGCUAAACGCAUUAAGAGCACAACAGAUCAAUGAGAGGGAACGCUUUUGUGCUUUCGAAAGGAAGAUGAGGUGGAUCAUGUGGACGCGGCUUGGGCAGGCCAAGCUAAAUAUCCUCGAUCAGUACGAUGAGAUGCAUGCGAAAAUGAAAGAGCGACAUGCUAGAACGGCCGCCCACCUAGAAGAUCGACAAGUCAGCGCAGAGAUGGAACUCCGGGAAAGCCAUCAGCAAGCCGAGCGCAGUGUACGGAUCCGUCUCAGACACAUGGAAGCAUACUGUGAUGGCCUUGGCCGCAAUGCCAGCGGAAGCAAUCCUGCGCGCGUAGUCACUGAACGCGAUUUACGGGAGCUGGACCAGCAGUACAACGUCCGGGAUGAUCUUGAGCGUCUGCACCAGAGCAAGAUCAACGUGAUGCGAGACAAGCAAGCCAAGCAGAUGGAAUUACUCUUGGUGCGUCAAGAAGACGAGCUGGAAAAGUUGGCAGCUAGACGAGGCGAAGAGCUGGAAGCUCUGGACGAGAGUUUUGCUAAUGAUGAAGAUGGAUUCACAAGGGUUUUUCAUGAGAGGCAAGUCAGGUUGCGGCGUAGAUGGGGGAUUAUUGAAGAGAUGUUGAGGAAGACGUUGGAGAUGGAGCAGGGUGUCAAGUUUGCGGCUAUCGCUCCUGUUGAGUGGCCGCAGCCGGGACCUAGUAAACAUGAUGAUUUGGAGGCUGUUCAAGAGUAG